GUUCAGUCUACCUCAUUUUUCUCCCGCGGGGGAUGUGAUUCCCGGCCCGUCUCGCUCCUGCUCUCUUAAAACUAACACCCCUUACCAACUUUUGGCCUCCUCGCCAGACGGAGGAGUGCUACGCCCGAGCUCGCCCGACGCUCACAAUGGAGAGCUUAGAAAAUCUACCUACAGAAUUGCAACGUAAUUUCCAUUUAAUGAGAGAUUUAGAUCAGCGUUCACAAGAUGUCAUGCGAAAUAUUGAUCAAAUCUCGGAUGAAUACCUGACCACAGUUAAAGGCCUGAGCCCGGAGAAGCGCUCAGAGCAGAUGAGCAAGAUCCAGAAAAUGUUUAACCGGGCGAAGGAGUACAGUGAUGAUAAAGUUCAGCUAGCCAUUCAGACCUAUGAAUUAGUGGACAAACACAUACGUAGAUUAGACUCGGACCUUGCAAAGUUUGAAGCCGAGAUAAAGGAGAAAGCUCUCAAUAAUAAUAAAAAGGAAGAGGAGACAAACAGUAAGAAAAAGGGAAGAAAGAAAAAAGAAGAAAAGGGGAAAAAUAAGAGGAAAGGUAACCAGUCAGAUGAAGAGGAGGCAACGCCAAAAGCAGGGCGGAAAAAGCAGAAGAAAAAAGUUGACACAGAAUCGGUAAUUACAUCUGUUCUUCCCGGCCUGUCAAUUGCUCAUCCCUCAGAUGUUUUGGACAUGCCAGUGGAUCCCAACGAACCCACCUACUGCUUGUGUCACCAGGUGUCCUAUGGAGAGAUGAUUGCCUGUGAUAAGAUGGAUUGCCCCAUUGAAUGGUUCCAUUUUGCAUGUGUGGGUCUCACUACGAAACCAAAAGGCAAGUGGUACUGUCCGAAGUGUUCAACAGAAAGAAAGAAGAAGUAACUUAGGAUCUGCUAUUUGUAAAAUGUUCUAUUUUUCAGAGAAUAUUUGAUUAAAUGUUAUUUGUUACAUAGGUUUAUAGUUGGUUAUAUAAAAAUUAUAAAUAGGGCAGUAUUUAUAUUACAGUGUGCUGAAAGUACAUUAUAAAAAUUGAUUUAUAGUGUACCAUUCUAUUACUUUGAUAAUUCAUGUUUACACGUGUGGGUGAGUAUGAUGGCUGUAAAGAUGAAUGAUGAUACUUCUAUGUAUUAAUACAAUUUCAAUAAUCAAAAAUUUAAUUUAUUUCUUGAGUGGUUGUUUCAGAACUGUUCUAAGGAACAAGAAUUUUGCUGUAAAUAAUAUUUAUUUUUUAGUUUGAGACAAUCACACAAGAAGUAUGGAACUGUCAAUUACUCGGUGAUAAAAAGAUUUAUAUGCUGUAAGCCAAUGAAAGUAACUUGGAAUGUGUUUAUACAAAUUUUACUUCCGGGUAAAAAUUGAAGUGGUAACAAAGAAGGUGCGGCUCUUGGUUGUAGUGCCCCGAGCGAGUCCAGGUGCGUGGUGUGGGUGCUGGACGAUUGUAUGCAGGUUCUACGGUUUCUUAUUACAGUACUGUGUUUUAUUUUACAAGGUGAUAAAAAAUUUUAUAUUAGAAAGCAGAUCAACUUAACAAAAAUUUUAAGGGCUUUUCACAAUGCCUUUCAGAUAUUAUUUUAUUCUGUUCUUCAGUAUUUUAGGAAAUCGGAACUAAAGUAAGAAUCUCAAGAACUUGGCAAGGCUUCCAAAUCACUCUUCCAUCAUUCCGUUUUAUUCUUGAUCUCGUGUAAGGAAAAUGGAAAUACAGAAUGUAGGUGUUGCUCAUUUAUUUUUACGAGUAAAGUAUGGUCUUUUA